AUGGCUCCCAACAACGUUGCUGGUAAAGAAGAUCGUGGCAUUGCUCAAGAACAUAGACUCUCCUGCCAACUUACUUCCAGUCGAGCAGCCAUACUUGUAAACGGAGCACGCAUACCUGUGCCAGUACCUGAAGUUACAGAAAAACGCACUGCACCUCAAGCAUUACUUGGGAGGAAAGGAAGCGAUUAUAGUUCUACUUCCGCCAAUACCAGCAUAGCGUCAAGCAACAACACUACGUACCAGACCACUGUUAUAUCUCCGGCAGACGAAGCUACCAGCAGUAGACCAGCACAGAAUCCAAAUCGGCAGCAGAAGGUCGAACCCAUCGAUUCGGUUUUGAAUAACAUCAAGAACAAAAUCGAAGAUCUCAAACUCCAAGCGCCUUCCACAACCUCGAUUCGACGGAACCCUGUUCCUACAUCAUGGAAUAAAAAUAGGUUCAGCAACUUGAAGCCACGGAACACAGCAGCAAAGGAAAAGCAGCAGCCCAGUGGGCCAUUGAAGGAGUUCCAUCUAUUUGGUAAACUUGCUGUCGAGAUCCGUGUCAAAAUAUGGCACCUCCACAUAUGGAACUCCCCCCACCUAAUUGAGAUCGAGAAAGGACCAGGAUUUCGAGAGGGGCACGCAAUGCCGACUCAGGAGGUCAUUGUGGGCACACACUCAUGGUACCGCGUCUCACCACGUUCCAGAAUCCCCCCAGCCAUUCUGAGAGUGUGCUUCGAAUCACGAGCAGAGGCGAUGAGAGUCUACAAGUUGACAAACUUCGAUUACCAAACCAAUCAUAUCAGAGGCAGAGAGAUGUGGUUCAAUCCAGCCGUCGAUAUAAUCUAUUUUGGAGAGGACACCUGCUUGGCCACGAUUAUCCAUAUGAAGAAAACAGUUGAUAUUCGGCGUAUGGCCUUCAACGUAACUGGCAGGAUUACUCAAUGCCAUGAUUUCGAUGAACCGCUCUAUGCGGUUGAUGGAGGAGUCAAUCCUAUGCAGGCACUCCAUGGGUUCCAUGGAGAAAGAGAACAGGACACCCAGGAUGGAUUGUAUUCGGGCAUUCAUUCGCUACAAGAAGUAUUCCUGGUCGUGCAGUCGAACCUCUCGACAACUGAUGGCCUUACAAGAGGCCAGAAAGGUUUGAAGUCAUGGAUGAUGGCGGAAAUUGAUGUGGUUAAUAGUGGAGGUAUGAUUUACGGCGUCGGCGAAAACAUGUGGGUUGACGACAAGAAACCAACAUUCCACUGGGUCAGCCUAUCCCCUCAGGAUGGUGUCGACGGCAUAUACUACGACGGGUUGGGUGUCGACGAUGCCGCAGUCAAGUUCUUGAACAGGAGAGUGCAUGUACUGGACGCUAUCUCAAGACGAACAGAGUGUCAUAUUUACAUCCCAAAUAAAACAUUCCCAAAGGAAUUUCCGCGAGAGAUUGGAUUCAGCGGAACUCGAAAGGCGAUUGAGGAAGCAAAGGCUGAGAUUAUCAAGAAGAUCGCUCAGUCGGAGGGCUCUGUAGUACCUGUUAGCUCCCGGUCUGAUUGA